AUGAUCAUCAGACCCAAAGCAAACCUCGAAGAUCUUGACUUCGAAUGUGCUGGCUCCCCUGGCUCCACUGCCUGUGUACUUCGAACACCUACUGCGUCGCUCGACCUAGACACUAACGACAACCGCCCGGACCUUUCAACCACACAAGAGAUUUCUUUGAUACUAUCAUUAGAAGCAAAAACGCGAGAAUUAUGGGAUACAUAUGAAGAAUCAACUCGACGGAAAAGUAUUGAUCGACGACACCCUGAGGACGCUUCUGAAGAGGACAACACGUUCAGUGGAAACGAGCCUGCACGUGACUGGCGUCCUCUCCUUCGCAGCAAAGAACUAAAGGCCUUCCCUAACCUGACAACAAAUUGUGGAUUGGGCCUGACGAAAUGCAACCAGGUCAACGGCAUUAUUAAGACAUCUCAUUUCAUCGUUGGUAGCGAGGUGCCUGAGGUAUUUGAGGAGGAGCGUGAGGACGUUCAGUUUUGUGUGGCUGAUGAUGGUUCGGUGAAGCUCAUUAAAAUAGAUGCUAACAUGGCCUAA